UAUUUCAGACCACGACCCAAAAACAAUAUUCAAAAAAUGACUAUUAUAUUUAGAUUUAGCCAUAUAUGCUUAUCAUGUAAAUCAAUAUUCUAUAUGUUCGUCAAAAGCUUACACUUUGAAAAUAUUGGGUUGUGUUGUUUCUACUCUAAGAGAUGCAGUAUUGGCAUAUUGCAUAUACAGUCGAGCAUUUAAACAGGUGAGUCUUCAGCACCGUGGCCAGCGAACGUCGCGUACAACAGGCUUUUAAUAGACGCACGCACAGACGCACGCUGGCGCGCGCGCACUCGUUCAAAGCCAGACGCGCGUACAGACUCCUAAUAGAAGCGCUGUUGUAAGGCGAAGGCACGCACUGAGCGCUCCGUGUGAAAGAGUGAACAAGCGUGAUUUAACACAGGACAAAAGCUUCAGCACGUCAUGUUGGACUGACCCGAUACUCUCUGAAAUCGAUGGAUUGCUUUUGAAAAUCGUUUUCGAGAAAAUAAGGUCUUUUCUGGAGGUCUGAGAGCAGGAGCGGGUGGGAGGCGAUAUAGCCUUUCAAAAUGGAACUCACAAUGGAAAACAUUGGAAACAUGCACAGCGUUUCGCACUCACAAGCGGGAGACCUGAUGAAUUCCUCGCAUGGCAGACCGUCGUCAGCUUCCCACCGGAACCUGGUCUCCCACGGACGCUCGGCGAUGGUGUCCAGCAUGGCUUCGAUCCUGGAGGGCGCCGGCGAGUACCGGAGCGACCCCGCGCUUUCUGGUCACCUCCACCCGGCCAUGACCAUGUGCGAGUCGGGAAUGAGUUUGUCAAACACGUACACCACCCUCACCCCCCUUCAACACCUGCCGCCCAUCUCCUCGGUCUCCGACAAGUUCCACCAUGCCCACCCUCACCCGCAUCACCACGCCGCUCACCAGCGACUCACCACCGGCAACGUCAGCGGAAGCUUCACGCUCAUGCGGGACGAUCGCGGUCUGGCCUCCAUGGGCAACCUAUAUGGCCACUAUCCCAAAGACAUGUCCGGCAUGGGCCAGUCGUUAUCCCCGCUCUCCAACGGCCUCGGUUCUCUGCACAAUUCCCAGCAGGCGCUCUCCGCGUACGGGCCCGGCGCGCACCUCUCCAACGACAAGAUGCUGUCGCCGGGAGGCUUCGAUACCCACGCGGCGAUGCUUUCACGGAGCGAGGAGCAUCUCGCUCGGAGUUUAGGGGGCCACGGGCACGGUAUGAUCUCCAAUCUUAACGGCAUGCACCCGCACAGCCACUUGCACUCGCAGGCAAACGGACCCAUGCUGGCCGACAGAGAGAGGCACGGCGCCGGGCCCGGACAGAGCGGUGGCUCGGGGCAGGCGGAGGAGAUCAACACAAAGGAGGUGGCGCAGAGGAUCACGGCGGAGCUGAAGCGAUACAGCAUACCUCAAGCCAUUUUUGCCCAAAGGAUCUUGUGUCGGUCCCAGGGAACACUGUCGGACCUCCUGCGCAACCCGAAGCCAUGGAGUAAACUCAAGUCCGGCCGGGAGACCUUCAGAAGGAUGUGGAAAUGGUUACAGGAACCCGAGUUUCAAAGGAUGUCUGCUUUAAGACUUGCAGCAUGCAAGAGAAAGGAACAAGAACAGCACAAAGACAGAAACAUGGUACCCAAGAAACAGCGUCUGGUCUUCACCGACCUGCAGCGACGAACACUCAUCGCGAUCUUCAAGGAGAACAAGCGACCCAGCAAAGAGAUGCAGAUCACAAUCUCUCAACAACUGGGCCUCGAGCUCUCCACCGUCAGCAACUUCUUCAUGAACGCCCGACGGCGCUGCGUGGACCGCUGGCAGGACGAGCACGCGCCGAGUCCGGUUCAGCCCGGAACCUCGGCCACCACCUUCUCCAAAGCGUGAACGCGCCGGCGGUCGCAGGUGCGAGCGCUUCGCGUGAACCUCCUCACAUCCAGCAACAGAUGACGAUGAGCUGCGGUGCACAUCAAACCUCAUA